AUGUCAUCGAUCUCCACCCAGAGUCCCGAUCCUUUGGGCGCCUCGUACGUCAACGAGGAUCUCAACAAUCCUCCAGUAACAUCGCCAUCUUUGGAGGGGUUCCAAAGGGACUCCGACAUAUGGUUUGAAGACGGGAACAUCAUCGUCAUUGCCCAAAGCACUGCUUUCCGCUUCCACAAAUCUGUCUUAGCCUCUCAUUCCCAAGUGUUUCGUGAGCUCUUCUCGGUCCCCCAACCCUCUCCAAAUGCUGGAGAGAGCGAGGCGAUAGACGGAUGUACGGUCAUGUAUGUAUCUGAUACGGGCUACGACUUUCGGGAACUCCUCCGAGCGAUAUACCGUGGCGUCAGCUACCUUCAUCCAGAACAGACUAUAUCCUUCCCCAUUCUCGCCGCGCUCGCACGUCUCGGCCAUAAGUAUCAGCUCGAUCAGCUGCUGGAUGCAGUCAUCUUCAGACUACAGCGCACUUUCAAUACCGAUCUCGAGGUUUGGGACCGAUCGCGUGGAUUCGGAGCGGACUCGCCCUUGGGACUCGUUCCUAACAACGCGAUAGAGGCACUCAACCUCUUUCGUCGCCUUCAGAGGUCAGACAUGAUCCCCACUGCGCUUUGCGGCUGCUCCCGCCUCCCACCCGCUGUUCUCAUUCAUGGAGUCGACCGUGCAGACGGCGUGACGCGGGAAAGCCUCGAGCUUACCGACCUGGAGCUCUGCUGGAAGGUCCAGAAGCGCCUUAUCCGCGAGGCCGUGGAUCAGAUGACACUGUUUUCCGAAUACUUCGUCACAAGACUCGCUGAAGUCAAAUGUCAGAGGCGCGACUACUGCAUAGAAGGCCUGAAAAUCCUUCUCCAAGAGACGCGGAGAGGCAUGUCUUAUCUCGCCUUUGUCGAUCCCCUAGACAAGUUCAGUUCGAUUUUUGAGUCUGAUGAUGCUCCCUUCUCGAAGCGAUUGUGUCGCGAUUGUCUAGCAGUAUUGAAGAGCAGGCACUGGGAGCUACGGAAGAAAGUAUGGGGAAAGCUUCCGGAUAUCAUGGGGAUGAGUAUCACAGGAUGGGGAUCGUAAUGAGUACUGUAUCUAACAGAACGAGCAUCUAGUCAAUUUUGUCG